ACGGUGUUCCUGCUUGUUUGCCGCAAGUAUUCUUUUGAUUGUCGCGCGAAUCGGACGUAUCUGGUAGCUGGCCGGAAUUUCGAGCGGAAACUGUCUUUCUUGUGUUUGGUGCGUUAGUCGGUGUUGAAUAGAUAAAGGUAGAUGAUCCGUGCAGUACGUGUUGCUGUUGCUGUUGAAAUUUCAUUUAUAGCGCGAUCGCGUGUUUUGCAAAUAGACAAACCUUCCAUCAAACUGCAGCGUUCGAAGAAAAUCAACACAACCGGAUGCUCAGGGUUAGUCUUCCAACAAGGGAAAAAGAACAUUUAGUUUCAAAGUGUGUGUGUAUUCGUGUGUGGUAUACAGUAAAGUGUGAAGAUCACUAAAACAGUCUCGGCAAUCAAAUUAAAAGUGGUGUUUUGUGUCAAAACGCGACGCGAGGAAAGUGUUUUUUUGUUGGAAAAAACGAGAAAGAAUUUUUCCUUACUACCUACGCACGUGAAGUACGUGAGCAGCCGCAAAAUAGUUGCCAACAGUCAGCAGUUAUAUAUGAUGACGAUGGACGUCACAAAGCCGGAACCACCCUCGGCGACGGCAGGUAUGGGCGGUGGUAACACGUCCACCAUGUCCCUCGGCGGACUUAUCCCUGCCGGUUCUCAGCAACAGCAACAGCCCCAUCAACAGCAGCAACAACAGCCGAACACGCUCAACAACCAAUCCGUUGCCGGCGGUGGACCGGCAGGUGCCGGUGGUGGUGGUGGUGGAGGCCCUCCCCACCAACAGCAACAGCUUUGUGCCGGGUGUGGUAAGCACAUUCAAGAUCGCUUCCUGCUACGGGCACUCGAUCUGCUGUGGCACGAGGAUUGCCUCAAGUGCGGUUGUUGCGACUGCCGACUGGGCGAGGUUGGUUCGACGCUGUACACCAAGGGCAACUUGAUGCUGUGCAAGCGAGACUACCUGCGACUGUUUGGCAACACUGGUUUCUGUGCCGCGUGCAACAAGGUUAUUCCGGCAUUCGAGAUGGUAAUGCGAGCCCGCAACAACGUAUACCAUCUGGAGUGCUUUGCCUGUCAACAGUGCAACCAUCGGUUCUGCGUUGGCGAUAAGUUCUACCUGUGCGAGAAUAAGAUCUUGUGCGAAUACGACUACGAGGAGCGGCUUGUGUUUGCUUCGAUGGCCAACCAUCCAAUGCUGAAGCGUCAGAUCUCGCAAGGUAGCGGUGGUCCUGUAAUGCAAAACGGUCAUGGUGGAGGUGGUGGUGGCGGCGGCGGUGGUGGUGGUGGUGGGGGAGGAGGGGGAGGAGCCGGCAACGGUGGACCCCAGAUGCAGGCUGGACCGGGCCAGGGCAUGGGUGGUAUCCCUUCUCCUCAGCAAAACGGUGCAAAUGGUAACCUGAUGGGACUCGUUGGCCAGCGGAAUACCGGCGGUGGAGGUACGGCUAGCGGUGCUGGAGGUGGUGGCGGUGGUGGUGGUGGUGUUGUAGGUGGUGGUGCUGGUGGAGUUGGAGGAGGCGAUCACAACAACAACAGCAGCAGUUUGUCCGCGGCCCUGGCAGGUGGUCCGUCACCCUUCGGUACACCCGCGCACAUCAAGGCGGCUCUUAGCACGGCGAGCUAAAUGAUGGUUCCUUAGUUGUUGCUAUUACUAGAACAGUGGAAAAAAAGGAUAAACGAGUGAAGAUGAUGCCAGUAGUGUGUGUGUGUCCAGGGCGUAUCAAUAUUAAUAGUUUGAUCUUGAAGGUUGUCUAGCUAAUUUCCGCUGUGCAAAGGUUUGGAAAAGUUUUUUUUUGUUAUUAAUUUUUCAGCUAAUUUUAAACACUUCACAAACACAAUCCAUAUCGAGUUAAAAUUUGAACGUGUCACAAUCGAAGACAAAUAUUCGGAAACAUUAUAAAUCUUUACACACAAAGAACCCCUGAAAAGGGUUUUAUCUAUUCUUCCGCAAUUUGUGUGGUGUUUUGUUUUGUUUUUAUUUAUUCUACAUCAGCUCAGCAACGACUGCACAUUUUUAGAAAACUCAGCAGACAACAUUAGUUACGUCAUACCAAAUAUCACCAGACGAUCGUAUCUUUCAUUUUGUUUGUUUAUUUUUAUAUCACCUACAACGACAGAAUGUAACUCGUCCAAGAACUUGACUGAAACAACCUCAAAUAUGAAGGAGACAUAAUUUACAAACACCAGCAAAAAUUAUUUUUAUCAAAGUGUUUGUGAUACUAACUUUCGUGAACAAUUGAUAAAGUCCUCAUUGUACGGAGACGUUUACAUUGACUUUACAACUUCAUUUUACAUUUUUAUGUUUUCUGUUGUAUUAGCCAUCCUCAUUUUAUCACUCUCACAAACACACACAAACACUCACACAUGCUCACUCUAUAGUUCCUUUGUUUUCGAAAAAAAAGAAGGAUAAUUACAAAACGAUCGGAGGCCAUCAUUAGUUAGUAGGUGAAAUGUGCCAAAAUCUGAAAGUUCCAUUUGCCGUGUCAGGAAAUGUGGAGUGAAUACCUAAGGAUAAAGAUAGUAACGAUAGUAAACGGUCAGAAGCGACGGAUGAAGAUAGCAAACAUGAUGCGAUGUCCAAUUGAAUGGAUGAAGAUGGUGGUGUCUAAGUGAAAGACACACGAUUUGAUUUUUUUCUACGUUCUUACAUACCUGUUUCUUCUGUUUGAUUAUGUUCGUGUGUGUAUUUUUUUGUGGUACGUUUAUUUGAAUAAUGCUAUCUCCUCUUUGUUGACUAAUGAGUAAUGGUCGUGCUUUGAGUUAAUGAAACAAACGCUAGACCGCACAUCACACCACAAUCCCCACCCCAAUUUAGCCCAUCUAGCCCUUUGUAAAUAUUAGGAUAUAUGUUACAAUUAUACGAAUUGUUUGUUAUGAAAUUAAUUUGCAACGAAUCUUGGGCAACAACAAAAAUAAAUGGGGCAGGUGUUGCGAUGCGUGUGUGGCUUGUAGUUGAACAAUUGUUUUUUGGAAAAUUUAUUAACAGACUGGUAUUGAUAAUCGUCCAUGUGGAAUUUUUAUCCAAUCCGUAGAAAGAAAACUACGGAAAGUUGUUUUUUUUUUAUUUGUGAAUUAAGGCAUUAAUCCAUAAUUAUAAAUGGUGCCGUAAUUUUUUAUUUCAGGAUAUUUUUUUAAAAUAUUAAUUAAUAAACUUAUUUGUGAUGCUUUCUUCUGUUCGUUUUAAACAAAAUGAUUUUUUUUGGUUUUAUUCGUUUUUCAAAAUGCAUCUAAAUUUUGUAUGUGUUUUUUUGUUAUAAUGUUAAAACCGCAAUAAACUUUGGCAGCAUACGAUUAAAAACAUACCCAACAAAAUGUACAGAACUGCGUACUUUGAAUGGGAAACUAAACGAUAUGAUACAUUUUGGAAAGUAAAUCCGCAAGACUCCGUUGUUGUAAUAGAGCAAAUUAGCGAAAGGAAGGCGAUGAUAAGCUGAGAAGGAAAAGAAGCAAAAGCAAAAAAACAUAAUACAAAACCAACUAAAAAACUUAAUGGCCCAUGUUUAAUCAAAUAGUCGACCGUAAUAAGUCCGAACGACGAACGAACACUCGCAAAACGAAGGUAUGAAAAGAUGGAACGAAGUGUGGAAGAAGAAUAGAAGAAGAAAAAACCAAGUAGGAAAAGUAAAAUAAUCAAGAAUGAGCAAAAUCUUGUAAAGAAGAAAAAAAUGAAGUAAAAGUAAACAAUGGAAAUAGCAAAGUAAUGCACAAGGAACUAAAUGAACAUGAGUGAACUGUGUGUUUUCUGCUACCGUAAAGAGCAAAGUGAAAACAAGUGAAAAGAAACAAAAAAGAA